CUCACAGAGGCUGCUCUAAACCUUUGUCUUUUGUUGCUGGCUGCUCAGGAUGAGAACAGCUUUGCUCAUUGUGUUUCUGCUCCCUGUGCCGCUGGUGGCGGCCCAUCCAGCACCAGGGAGCAGCACGCCGGUGCUUUCGCUGAAAAAUGGCAAAAUCCGAGGUGAAUAUGUCACAGUAAAAGGCACAGAGAGGAGGGUGAGGCAAUACCUGGGGAUCCCCUUCGCUCUGCCCCCCGUAGGGCCCCUCCGCCUGGCUGCUCCACAAAGUCCUGAGUCCUGGGAGGGGGAGAGAGACUGCACACACCAGCCCCCCAUGUGCAUUCAGGAUCCAGAGUUAGUUGUACAAGUUUCCAGAAUCAUGUCGCUGGAUUUCACUCCCCCAGAGCUCUCAGAGGACUGUCUUUAUCUAAAUGUCUACACACCAGCUGACACGCCAGAACAAAAGCUGCCUGUUAUGGUGUGGAUCCAUGGGGGGGGUCUGACGAUGGGCUCUGCCUCCCAAUAUGAUGGUUCUUCAUUAGCUGCAUAUGAAAACAUUGUGACAGUCAUUAUCCAAUACCGCCUCGGCAUCCUGGGAUUCCUGAGCACUGGGGAUGAACACGCCAGGGGAAACUGGGGUUUGUUGGAUCAGCUGGCUGCUCUCAGGUGGGUGCAAGAAAACAUUGAGGCCUUCGGUGGAGAUCCACACUCUGUCACAGUCGCUGGGGAGUCUGCAGGAGGCAUCAGUGCAUCCAUACUGACUCUGUCUCCACAGGCGAAAGGACUCUUCCACAAGGCUAUUUUUCAAAGUGGGGUGGCUACCGUUGGGUCCUAUACUUCUGAGCAACCUCUUCCUCAGGCCCAAAUUGUUGCCAACAUUACUGGGUGUGGCAUCUCCAGAACAGAAGAACUGGUUCAAUGCAUCAGAGGGAAAAGUCAAGAUGAAUUGGUUUCUGCAACCAAACAGAUGAAACUUUUCCUCGGAGCCGUUGUUGAUGGGGACUUCCUUACUGGCAGAGCUGAGGUUCUUUUGCAGAGGAAAGAGGUUCUGAACAUCCCUGUGAUGAUGGGAGUCACCAAUCAUGAGUUUGGCUGGAUUUUACCCCAGAGCUUCGCUCCUCCUGGCUGGGAGAAAGGCAUGGACAGGGAGUCUGUACUGGCUAUCGUCCACAUGUUCAACCCUGAAGGGGUCUCUUCAGCUAACAGUCUUAUUGCGGAUGAAUAUCUGAAAGAUGCAAAAAGUCCAGAGGACAUCCGAGACGGCCUCACUGAAGUGAUUGGAGACCUGCUGAUGGCGCUGCCUGUGCUCAACGUAGCCGGGUACCACACAGAUGUGGGAGCUCCAGUGUACCUGUAUGAAUUUGUGUACAGCACAGAGAUACUCAGGAGACACAGACCCAGCUUUGUGAGGGCGGACCACGCAGAUGAUGUCGGCUUCAUGUUCGGUGGAUGUUUCUGGAAUGGUCAGAUCAGAAUUACUGGCAACAUCACUAAGGAGGAUGAGAGCUUCUGUAGGACUAUGAUGUCUUACUGGGGAAACUUCAUCAAAACUGGCUCUCCUAACGGUCCUGGUCUGGUGAACUGGCCGCUGUACGACAGGCAGAAGCAGGAGUACAUGGAGCUGGGCCAAAACCAGACAGCCAGGCAGAAACUGAAGGAGCACAGGCUUCACUUUUUCACCGUCACCCUCCCUCAGAGGCUGCAGCAGAUGGCCGCCGCUGCUGCUGGGGCUGCAAACUGAGCCUUGUGCUCUUUUCACGUUCAGUUCUUGCAUGAUUCGAUUCACUAAGUGUAACAUCUGCUCUCUAUCUCUUGAUUCAAUGUUUAUUGCAACAUAGAUUUAUUAAGGGAGAUUUCUGUAUGGUAAUAAAACUGGGCUUCUGUCUUUAUAAUAAAUACUGAACUUUA